AUGUCGGACCUGAAUGCAAACGAGAACGAAAGUGAAGCAAAUCCGAGUGCUUCCGAGGUACUACGAGUAGCUGUACAUCAAUUAAUUGAUGACCUUGUGCAGAAUCCUUUGGGUCGCCAGCUUAACUUUAUUGAAGGGGGCUGUACUGUUAAGCAAUUCAAUCGAAUGCACCCUCCUUUAUUUGAUGGUAGAGGCGAUCCAACUCUAGCAGAGGAUUGGAUUCAGGACAUUGAGGAGAUUUUGCGAGUUCUAACCUGUACUGAGGAGCAAAAGGUGGCGUACGCCACAUUCAAGCUUAUUGGGGAAGCGAAGAGGUGGUGGAUCUCUGAAAGAUCUAUCAGAGAAGCAAAAGGGACAGAGAUAGUCAGUUGGCUGCACUUCAAGCAGAUCUUUCUUGAACGCUUUUUCCCUAGCUCGUUCCGUGAGGACAAGGCUAUGGAAUUUGCCACCUUGGUUCAGGGAACAAUGACGGUACAUCAGUAUGCUGCUAGGUUGACUAAGUUAUCCCGUUUUGCUACUUAUCUGAUUCCCGAUGAGGAAAAGAAGGCACGCAAAUUUGAGCAAGGACUGAAUGAGAAACUGUAUGAGCGUGUGGUGGGUUUCCAGAUUCGGAACUUCUCAGAAUUGGUGAAUAAAGCAACAGUUUUUGAAAGAACCCUUCAAAGAAGUGCUGCGUUGCAUGAACAGAGGAAAAGGACUACUCCUACCGGGUACCAUUCUGGCAUGGACCAGGGACGGUGGAAAAGGAGGAGUGAAGGUGGUAGUUCGGGAGAAAGGCCGGUUCAGAGUAAUCAACAGCCCUACCAGUGUAGGACAUGCAAUCAAGUGCACUCCAGAGAGUGCAGAAAAGGGGCGGGAUUGUGUUUUCGUUGUGGCAAAUCAGGACACUACAUCAAGGAUUGCCCAACGCAAAAUAGAAGCAACCAGACGUUCAUACCGCCACCUUAG